CUAGCCGCUGUGGGCUCGCGGUGGUGACGUCUGGAAUCCGCGACACUUUAGGGGAGCUGACCACUAGGGUCCCGCUGACUGGGGGCGUCCCGAGCGCCAUGGCCUCUGCCGGGGUGGCCUCUGGGCGGCAGGCCGAGGACGCGUUACCGCCGCCGGCCGAGCCGCCGCUGCCCGAGACGAAGCCGCUGCCACCUUCGCAGCCGCCGCCUCCGGUCGCCGCGCCUCAGCCGCAGCAGUCGCCGGCGCCGAGGCCUCAGUCACCUGCUGGCGUGAAGGAGGAGGAGAAUUACUCCUUUUUACCUUUGGUUCACAACAUCAUCAAAUGUAUGGACAAGGACAGCCCGGACAUCCACCAGGACCUGAACGCCCUCAAAACCAAGUUCCAGGAGAUGCGGAAGGUCAUCAGCACCAUGCCUGGCAUCCACCUGAGUCCCGAGCAGCAGCAGCAGCAGCUGCACAGUCUCCGAGAGCAAGUCAGGACCAAGAACGAACUUCUGCAGAAGUACAAGAGCCUCUGCAUGUUUGAGAUCCCCAAGGAGUAGGCGAGGCUGGCUUCCAGGAAUGCCCGAGAAAGCAGGGGCGAGCACACGGCCCUCCUGUCUUCCCCGCCACCGCCUUGGGGCGCAGCUCUUUUGGACUCCAGCUAUAAACCCUAUUAACGGAGAGGUGGGGGGCUAGUGUCGCUGCUGCCGUAGCUGAACUUGGCAUUGACUAGUGUGAGGAGCCAGUGCGCAAGCUUGGCUGUGUUGGGGCCUCCUUGUAGAGCCAUGUGUCUAGAUGCAUAUCAGCUCGAGUGCCUGCUGGUGGAAGGAAGACUGCUCCUGGAGGCUGGGGACUGGGUAGAGGGUUCAGCCCCGGCCUUUGGGGAGGGGCCGUCUGCCGUCCGCUCCGGCUCCGUGGGCAGGUCUGUGGAGGCCCCUCUCCGCUUCCUCCCUCCCUCCUCUCCCACCCCUGGGUAUGCGCAGUGUGUCAGGGACACACUGUUCUGUUCACAGCAGUGUCAUGAAACAUAUGCUUAGAAUUCACUGGACAAAAGAGGCUGCGCUCCAAUGGCACAGGUUUAAAAUGGUAAAAGAAAGCUGUGAGACGUGAAUGCUGUGUUGAAAGACUACAGUGCAGCUUCCUCCCUCGUCCUGCCCUCCCCACCCCCCAAAUAGCUUGUUUCCUUUUAUGUUUGAGCCAGUGAAUGUAACUGUCUUUGGAGGUGUCAACCCAGAGCCCUGCCAGGCGGCCCCUGUCUCCAGGUUCUUUGCCACCUACGUGUUCUUGUUACUUUUAGCUCUUGCUCCCUUUGUCUCCUGUCCCUUCAGUCAUUCCAUGCUCCAGAAGGACCAGACCACUUCAGACCCCACAGUGGGGCCCACGGGGCUGGAGGGUUGUGUUGUUUCCACACAGGCUCACAGGGUUCUGGGUGAGCGGGCCUUGCCUCUUCCAGCACUUCAGGUUCCUGUGGCCUGCGUUUAAAACCUCAGUUUCCCCCCCUGCCUGCUCCCUGCAGUCAGCCAGCAGCGUUCACUGCACCGCAGACAGCGGCGAUCAGGAUGGACUCUUUGUCCAGAGAAGGGCAGCUCUGAGUGAUGGCUCUGAUCACUCCUCAGCCAGGUGUGAGGGGAUGGUUCUGGGUGGUUCUGAAGGAGCAUGGAUGGCCCACACCCGGAAGCUGUACAGCCCAGUUCUGGUUCCCAAAUGUUCACAACACCCCUCAUGUCCGCCAGGCGGGACCCUCAUUUGCGUGUUCUUCCCUUGACGUCAGAGAGGAGGGGAGAAGUAACUCCGUACUGUUCAGGUCUAGAAAUGAGCACAUCAGCUGUGCCGACCACAUCAGGGGCUUAACACGCCCAGAUCGGCCUCGUUGGCGGGGAUAGUGGCCGAAGAGGUCUUCAGCGGCGGCCCCCUUUGUGCUGGCCUGCGGACGCGUGAGGGGGGUCAGGCUUCGGCGGCUCUGGGCAGAAGAGCAGGCUCUGAACUGAAGUGGCAGUAGUCCCGAGGCCUAUUAGACCAGAUCCCCCUGGAGACUGUUCUUUAACUGAAUCAGUUAUUUUCGAGAAAUCAUGGGAGCAGCGUGUGGGCCGGUUUUAAGGCUCUGACCAAACCCCGUGAAGCACGAAGACACGGAACUGCAAGACCACCGGGCCUUCUGCGAGGCGGACACAGGCAGGGGCUCCUCCGGGGCAGAGAGAGAACCUCUCCUGUACUCCGGGGGUUUGACUUGUGACAUUUUUCAAGAGUAUAAUUAAAAGAACUUGUACUCUGCUCUCA